UGGGGAUUGGGAGGCUGCUGGGAAAAGAUGGCAGCUUCCUUUUGUGUUCGGGGACUUACAGGACUCCGACGGGGGAAUUAAAGACAUUCUUCAGUGGAGACACGGGUCUCCAUCGCAUGCUGCGGGUUAUCCAAACACUUGAAGCAGGAGAACAUGGAGAAGAGCGGGAGCGUCGACAGUCUGGGCUCGAAGCGCUCCUCUUCCCGACAGCCAAGUGUCGAUUCAUUGUCCAGUACUUCCACCUCUCGCUCUGACCGGUCCGCCCAGGCCAAGCCACCCUCAGCGAUGUCCUCUGACUCUGUCACCACCUCUGCAGAGCUCUCCCCAGAGCUCAGGGUCAAACCCAAAACUCUUGCCAAGCAGGCACUGAGAGAUUCAGACAAAGAGGAACCACAGUUACUUCCAAAUGAAACGGUGCAAGACUUGGCUCAAGAUGUCACCUACUUCUGUCCUUUCAUUGGAGCUCUGAGGGGAACAGUGACAGUUACUAACUACAGACUCUUCUUCAAGUGCAUGGACAGGGAGCCAGCAUUUGUGCUGGACCUGCCUCUUGGGGUGGUGAGUCGUGUGGAAAAGAUUGGAAGUGCAUCAAGCCGCGGUGACGUGUCCUACGGGCUGGUGUGCAAGGAUAUGCGGAACCUUCGGUUUGCGCACAAACAAAUGGAGGACACACUCAGGAAGUCCAUUUUCGAAGUGCUGAUGAAAUUCGCGUUUCCUGUUUCCAACGGGCUGCAAAUCUUUGCCUUUGAAUAUGGGCAAGUCUUUCCUGAAAACGGAUGGAAAGUGUACGACGCCCUCUCGGAGUACAAAAGACAGGGUAUACCCAAUGAAAGCUGGAGGAUAACAAAAGUAAAUGAUCACUACGAGGUUUGUGACACCUACCCAUCCACUCUGGCGGUGCCGGUCAACAUACCGGACGAAGAGCUGAAGAGAGUGGCUGCCUUCCGAGCGAAGGGAAGGAUACCUGUGCUGUCAUGGAUCCACCCAGAGAGCCAGGCGACGGUGACGCGCUGCAGCCAGCCCAUGGUCGGAGUAAACGGGAAGCGCAGCAAAGAGGAUGAGAAGUAUCUCCAGGCCAUCAUGGAUGCUAAUGCUCAGUCCCACAAACUCUUCAUUUUCGAUGCCAGGCCCAGUGUCAACGCCGCUGCCAACAAGAUGAAAGGGGGUGGUUAUGAAAGUGAGGAUGCGUAUCAAAACGCUGAGCUGGUGUUCUUGGAUAUUCACAACAUCCACGUGAUGAGAGAGUCCCUCCGCAAGCUGAAGGACGUGGUCUACCCCAACAUCGAGGACUCCCACUGGCUCUCCAAUCUGGAGUCCACUCACUGGCUUGAGCACAUCAAGCUGAUCCUGGCGGGAGCACUGCGGAUCGCAGACAAGGUGGAGUCCGGGAAAACCUCGGUGGUGGUGCACUGUAGCGACGGUUGGGACCGCACGGGCCAGCUCACCUCCUUGGCCAUGCUCAUGCUGGACGGCUACUACCGCACCAUUCGUGGCUUCGAGGUGCUGCUUGAGAAAGAGUGGCUGAGCUUCGGUCACCGCUUCCAGCUGCGUAUCGGCCACGGCGAUAAGAACCACACGGACGCCGACCGCUCACCUGUUUUCAUUCAGUUCAUCGACUGUGUCUGGCAGUUGACUCGGCAGUUUCCCGCAGCAUUUGAGUUUAACGAAUACUUCCUGGUCACCAUCCUGGACCACCUGUACAGCUGCCUGUUUGGGACAUUCCUGUGCAACAGCGAACAGCAGAGGUUGAAGGAAGAGAUUCCCAAGAGGACAGUGUCGCUGUGGUCUUACAUAAACAGCCAACUGGAGGAGUUUACCAAUCCUUUGUAUGUGAACUAUUCCAACCACGUGCUAUUCCCGGCCGUCAGCUUGCGUCACCUGGAGCUUUGGGUUGGCUAUUACAUCCGCUGGAACCCUCGCAUGAGACCUCAGGAACCUGUUCAUCAGCGCUACAAGGAGCUGCUGGCGAAGCGCGCUGAGCUGCAGAAGAGAGUGGACGAGCUACAGCGAGAGGUGACCAACCGCUCGGCCUCCUCUUCCUCCGAACGGGCGGGCUCUCCAACGCGCUCCAUCACGCCGGUGCAGACCUUCGUUUGACACGACUCAACCUUCACGGCGGUCGCACAAUCCUGCGAGAUGGUGCCAUAGACCAGUAAUCAGUAGGCCACACCUGGCGCCACGAAGGACCUGCGCACCAAACUGCCUCUUUGGGUGACACGCGUUCAUACACUACCACCAAAAGUCUGAUUAAGCAGAUCACUGUAUUUGCAUCUCUCACAGGUCAUGUAUGAGUCUGCAUGCAACAGAAAAGUGUCUGUCUCAGUACGCUUUACAGCCAUAUUGUACUCCACAGUUUAGAGGACGUGUAACCAGAUCAGUGAGUACUGUUCAGCAUAUCACCCGACCUACAAUCAGUGUUUGAAGUACACUUAAAAUAUUACGCGGGUAAAAUAUGUAUGCCUUAUACACUUCAUAGGAACGCUCACAUCAUUCCUCUACUCUGUUUGUUAGAUAUUGAUUUGAAAGCAAUACGGCUGAAGCAGUUAUGAAGAUGGACACUGCUGCAGCAAAGACUUAGAGCUCUUUAGUACUAAAAGCAACUUAAUGGCUCGGUAGUAGCUAAAGGGCUGUAAUGUUAGCUUCUUAUAGUUAAAAAGUAGUCCAAAACAAACAGCCAGUGGGUUGUCCUCACAAGUCAGUGCUCUUAGAUUGUUGUGACCAAAUAUCUGGGUUUUUUUUAAUGAAUACAUAAUGUGUCAUGUAUAGCAUUCCUCUCCUUGAGCGAGUAAAGUUUUGUAAGUUUCAUUUUUCUAACUAGUUAUCGUUAUUUAUUAUGCUUCUAGUCCAGACUUGUAUUUAUGGCUCACAAACUCUUGUCUCAUGUCAUAAAUUGAUUAGCGAUUGUCCUCAUGCAAUAUUAAUAAGCCACACAGAAUAUGCAACAGUUCAUUUGUCCCAGUUAAUAACCGUGUACUCAAACUAUUUUAGUUGUGAACAUUUCUUACAGAUGCUUUUCAAAGCCAGUAUCAGCCAAGAUUUAGAGGCAGCAGAAUGUGUAACGACUAAUAAUUUGCUUUGGGUCUUUAGGUUUUGUUUUUUUUUUGGUUUAGUGAAUCUGAAUGAACAUCCGUGCCUUGCUCUGAGUGACUGAUUGGGAGAAUAACAAAAGAAAAGCGUGCACAGUCUUUAAAUGCUAAGUUAAAUCGUAAGUACAGUGUUAGUUAGCCUUUCCUCUGCAAUAAACUUUAAAGGAGUCAGUAUGGUUUGUCACAUCAGCGCGGUGUGAACACGAAACCCUCCAGUCUGCUUCUUGGUUUGAGCAAUCAGGGUUUCAAACUUUAGCAGAACCCCAAGGACAAUACAUUCAUUAACUCUGAUCAUGAAUAUGGUCUCGCCGUAGUAUAUGAGAAAAAGAGUGCCUUUUAUUAUGAAUGGAAAAAGGGUGAAGGUGAGUUAGAAGUCUGAAAUUUACAGUGUGACUGUGCUGGAGAGUAAUAUUAGACUGUAAUGGCUCUGAAAACAUUAGCAUAGUCAUGUUCAAGCUGUUUCACUCAUAAAUAUUAGAUGACUAGCUUUAAAUUGGCUUGAAGGCAUCAUUUACCCAUUAACAGACUUAUUAUUCCCGCAACUUUUGAUGCCUGUUAAAAUGAAUUUGUAUUGCCACUUUUAUUGAAUUACUUAUAAAAUGCACAGCUACUAAAGUAUGAGGAGUUUGCCACAUGGUUUAAGCGAUGCUGCAGCGCUGUAUGCACUUCAUUGAUUCAGAAGUUGGUUUUCAGAAACUGAUCGACUGCAGGCAGCAGCAAAAUCAAACUGUACUGUCAAAUAUCAGAAUGUUUGAUUAAUAAAAGU